CAUUCUUUGGUAUUCUAAGCUUAUUAGACAAAACACCCUGGGAUAUCAAAAUGGCAACUCGCGUUAUGGACGGCCAUGGUUUGGAUGUGGAGGUCAAAAAUUAUAAAGAAGAUCUACAACAGAUGCACCGCAACGGAACCUCCUUAGCUCAGAACUGCAAGUUUUUGGCAAUUGAAGAUGAGGGCCAACCACAAUCAUUCAUCUCAUUAAAUAAGAAACCAUAGUUGUAGGCUUGUAGCAACUGCAAUUCUAUCUACUACAUGGUUUACAUUAGGAGGCCAACACUCAACAUUGUUGUCAGAGUAAACUUGAUUCCAAUCCACCUUGUUGGUGAUAAGGGCAUAAGUUAUAUUUCACAAUGUAAGUAGUUUUGCAUCCUGCUGCCAAUUAUCCGAGACACUUAACAUAUGAGGAGACAAAUACAGCUUUACACAAUUUGGAGCCAAAAGUAGUUGAAUCUACACAUGAAUUAGCCAUAUAUAAUUUAGCUUUAUUGAGAUGGCCAGCACCAGCAAUAAUAGUAUCACUCAAAGCAGCAACAGCUCUUCAUCUCUAAGGAGAAAUUAUUAUGACGUGUUUAUCACCUUCAGAGGUAAAGACACACGCUACAACUUCACUGAUCAACUUUUUAAUGCUCUCCAAAGAAAGGGCAUUUUUGCAUUUAGGGAUGACACUAAUCUUCCAAAAGGUGAAUCUAUAGCACCCGAGCUCCUUCAAGCAAUCCAAGUCUCACAGAUUUUUGUUGUGGUACUUUCUAAGAACUAUGCUUCAUCAACUUGGUGCUUGCGAGAAUUGGAGUAUAUCCUUCUUCACUGCCGUCAACAACCGACAAAACAUAUUCUGCCUGUUUUCUAUGAUGUUGAUCCUUCGGAGGUGAGAUAUCAAAAAGAAGGGGACUAUGAAAAAGCCUUUGUCAAACACGAACAAAGAUUCCAACAAGACUAUAAUAUGGUCCAACGAUGGAGAGAAGCUCUCACACAAGUAGCUAAUCUCUCUGGUUGGGACAUACAUGAUAAGCCACAAUUUGCACAGAUUGAAAAGAUCGUUAAACAGAUUAUAAAUAUAUUGAGUUACAAUUUUUCUAGUCUUCCAAAAGAUUUAGUUGGGACGGAUUCUCCUAUUGAAGAAUUGGAAAAGUGUUUACUUUUGGACUCGAUUGAUGAUGUCCGGAUUGUAGGAAUUAGUGGAAUGGGAGGAAUAGGGAAGACAACCCUUGCUACUGUUCUAUACAACAAAAUCUCUCACCAAUUUCCUGUGUACUGCCGUAUUGCUGAUCUGAGCAAAAUUUAUAGGCAUGAUGGUCCAAUCGGUGCACAAAAGCAAAUUCUACUUCAAACUCUAGGCGAAGAAUACCUUCAAACAUGCAAUCUUCACAACGCAUCUAACUUGAUACAAAAUAGGCUAUGUCGUGAAAAGGCCAUUAUAAUUAUUGACAAUGUUGAUCAAAUUGAACAACUCGAGAAAUUAGAUGUGAGGCGUGAAUGGUUAGGUGCAGGGAGUAGAGUCGUUAUAAUUUCUAGAGAUGAGCAUAUCUUGAAAGAGUAUGGAGUGGAUGUUGUGUACAAAGUUCCACUCUUGAAUAAGUCUGACUCGCUUCAAUUCUUUUGUCGAAAAGCUUUCAAACUUGAUCAUAUUAUGAGUAGUUAUGAUAAGGUUGCAUUUGACAUACUAAGGUAUGCUAAUGGCCUACCACUGGCAAUUAAAGUAUUGGGCUCAUUUUUGUUUGGUCGAAAUAUCCCUGAAUGGGAAAGCGCGUUGGCAACAUUGAGAGAAAGUCCAAACGAAGAUAUCAUGGAUGUGUUGCGGUUAAGUUUUGAUGGGCUGGAAAAAAUGCAAAAGGAAAUAUUUCUUCAUGUUGCUUGUUUUUUCAAUGGGUGUAAGGAGAAACAUGUUAAGAAUGUUCUAAAUUGUUGUGGAUUCCAUCCUGAUAUUGGAUUAAGAGUUCUAAUUGAUAAAUCACUUAUAAACAUUUCAGCAUCAGAUAAAAUUGAAAUACAUGGUUUGUUAGAAGAGUUGGGCAGAAAAAUUGUUCAAGAAGAUUCAAUCAACGAGUCAAGAAAAUGGAGCAGGGUGUGGAUCUACGAACAAUUCUACAAUGUUAUGUUGGAGAAUAUGGAAAAGAAGGUUGAAGCCGUAUGUUUUGUUAGAGAGGAAAGAAAAAAGAAAAUAUUGAUCAAGGAUGAAAUAUUGAUCAAGGAUGAAACAUUGUCAAAAAUAAGUCAUCUUAGAAUGCUCAUACUCAAAGGAGUGACUUUUUCAGGAAACAUCACGUGUCUUUCUAGCGAGUUAAGAUAUCUAGAGUGGGAUAGAUAUCCUUUCAAGUAUUUGCCAUCAAGUUUUCGUCCCAACCAACUUGUUGAAUUAAACUUGAGGAAUAGCAACGUCAAACAACUGUGGAAAGACAAGAAGUAUUUGCCCAAUUUGAGAAUUUUGGAUUUGGGCUACUCAAAAAAUCUAAGAAAGAUGCCAGAUUUUGGAGAGAUCCCAAAUCUUGAGGUGCUAGAUCUUGAAGGAUGUGUAAAACUGGAGCAGAUGGAUCCAUCUAUUGGGGUUCUAAGAAAGCUUGUUUUCUUAAAUUUGAAAUAUUGCAAAAAUCUAGCAAGCAUACCCAACAACAUAUUUGGUAUGAGCUCCAUCAAAUGUUUAUAUCUUCCGGGGUGUCCCAAAGUGUUUAAGAAUUCAUGGCAAUUGAAAAAGCCUAAUUCAAGUGAAAUUUCCUCACAUUCCUUGUAUCACAAAGAUUUAACUGGUUGUUUGCGGCCUUCCUUGCUUAGCUUAUAUUGUUUGCGUGAAGUUGAUGUUAGUUUUUGCGGUCUAAGCCAACUCCCCGAUGCAAUUGGAUGUCUACAUUGGCUAGAAGGAUUAAAUUUAGGAGGAAACAAUUUUGUGACAGUACCUAGUCUGAGGGAGCUUUCCAAACUUGUAUAUUUAAACUUGGAGCAUUGCAAACUGUUGGAAUCUUUGCCUGAGCUUCCUUUUCAUACUGCUAAUAUCGAUCACAAUCUUCAUAUUAACUUAUAUGAGAAUAUAAAAGGAUUGGUCAUUUUCAACUGUCCUAAAUUGGGUGAGAGGGAACGUUGCAGUAUCAUGGCAUUUUCAUGGAUGAUACAAUUCAUUCAGGCAAUCCAAGAAUCAUCUACCUCUGUUGAUUGGAUUGAUAUUGUAAUUCCAAAAAGUGAAAUACCAAGUUGGUGCAACAAUCAGAGUGAGGGUAAUUCAAUAAGAAUAGACUCGUCUCCCAUUUCUUAUGACAAUAACAACCAUAUCAUUGGCAUUGCUUGUUGUGCUGUAUUUUCCGUUGCACCUGGUAAUCCAACUACCACAACAAAUGCAAAAAGAACCCAAAUAAAGCUAGAUUUUACUAAUUGUAAUACUAACUGGUGGUGGAAUGGCAUCGUUCCAGUAAUUCUUGAAAGAGAACUUGUUGCGGUCAAAUCAGAUCACAUGUGCCUAAUGUAUUUCCCUCUGGAAUCAUUCGUUAAUAUUCUCAAGUUUGUAGACAAAACUCUCAUGCAUCUGGAUAUGAAAGUUUUUGUUAUUAAGAACAACAAAGGUCUGGAUCUGGAGGUGCAGAGCUGUGGAUAUUGUUGGAUAUAUAAACAAGAUCUACAACUGAUGCAUGCAUCGCUGCAGAAAUUUCGUAGCUCGGAAGUGCAAGUUUUUGGCAAUUGAAAGUGAGAUCAUAGGUAGUUCUUGGUUCAUCAUACAUACUACUCAAUGAAUUGUGAUUUCUGGCUAGACUACUGGGUUGAUGUCGUUGAUGGUUGCUUCAGAGUUAUCAUGUGUAGUACAAUGCUCAUUGCUCAGAAAAAUUACUCAUGGUCUAGUUUUUUUUUUCCUCCUAUAUUGAAAUUGUAUUCUACUCAUGUUCAUGUUGCGUUCCAUUUGGGUCAGUUCUGCUAGUGUCUUGUUCAAGAAACUCAAGGAUAAGAUGAAAACUGAUGACAUAUUAAUACAAGUUCUAUUUAAUGCAGUGAGUUUUGGUUAAUUUUUUAUAAAAUGAAUAGGUUGGGAUAUAAAUACAGUUUGUAUAGAUUUUGAUUUCUUUUGGGA